UUAUCUGACCAUGCAAAAAUUUUUACGAUUAUUCUCUCCCUCAGUAAAAUGCCCAGUAAUUGGAAUGAUUCACAUUCCAGCGCUUCCUGGAACUCCUCUCUAUCGGGGCAAUUUCGAGGAAAGUCUUCAGAUCGUCCGCAAAGAGGCAGAAAUCUACAAGAGAUCCUCAAUUAAUGCUGUAAUGAUUGAGAACAUGCACGACAUUCCCUACGUUCAACAACGCGAUCUCGGUCCGGAAACCGUGGCCACGAUGACCAGAGUUGCUGUGGAAGUGCGAAAAGUCCUCCCGGACACGCCAUUGGGAGUACAGAUUCUCGCCUGUGGCAAUUCUCAGGCUUUGGCCGUGGCGAAAGCCGCCGGAUGUCAAUUUAUCCGGACUGAGGGCUUCGUUUUCAACCACAUUGCUGACGAGGGAUUUGUGGACGCAUGCGCAGGAAGUCUGCUAAGAUACCGACGAUCAAUUGACGCGGAGAGUGUGGCAGUUCUGACGGAUGUGAAGAAGAAGCACAGCUCUCACGCGAUCACAGAGGAUCUGAGCCUUCUCGAAACUGCAAAAGCCGCUGAAUUCUUCCUCUCCGAUGGUGUCAUCGUCACAGGAAGCGCCACAGGCGAUCCUGUCAAGCCUAAUGAUCUGGACGAUCUCUCAGGGAAGCUGAAUAUUCCCGUCCUGAUCGGUUCAGGAGCCACACUGAAUAACGUGAGUGAAUAUUUCCCAAAAUGUCAGGGAAUUAUAGUCGGAUCGCACUUCAAAAAAUCCGGCAAUUGGGAUGAUGAACUGUGUCCAGACAGAAUUGACUCCUUCAUGCGAAGGAUUUCCGAAUUAAGAGGAUAUAAAUUUAUAAAUAUAAAAUAAUUUACUGUCAUAUUCAAUAUAUAUAAAAAGUUUAAAAGAUGCGCGAAAAAAAGUUGAUGACUCUAUCCUUCAAGGAAGACACGCUGGGCAGCCGCGGAAUGAUGCCCUCAUACUGAGACAUAAUGGAGUCGUUAACAAUAGCAAUUCCACUCACCGGAGGAUCCUCGAAUUGAACACGACGCACGCAUCCCUGCUGCUUCGCCGC